CCUCUGUCAGAGAAGAACAGAGCACUGAGAGAGACGCCUGCCUACAGUUGACGGGGAGAAAAACUUUACGCGCACUGGACGCGUUUCCAUCACCGCAUCCCAUUUUUGCGCUCCAUGGAGCAGGUGUUUUACGCAAAGCUAUUUCUUGACUUUUUCACCUGUCUUCAAAAGACUUUUGCUCCAGUCUAGCGACACUUACAGACGUCAGUCUUCCAGUUUGUUUAAAGUCAUCGACAUCAACAAGAGACAUGGAUAACAGUCCUGGUGGUGGGGGUGGAGGAGUCAUCCUGUAUGCAGGUUCCUCUGGCAGUGCCAGUCCCAGCCCUGGCAGCCCCUCCAGUGGGUACCAGACGCAGUCACCCUCUUCACACUCCCAGCCCUCAUCUCCGGAGGAGGUUACCUUCACAGAGAUUGGGACAUUGAAACAGAAGGCAGCUGGGUGCACCACCCCAUCCUCCAAACUGGUUUUCCAGUUCCCAGAGGUUUACAGUGCACCCUCAGUAGCAGCCACUCCACAACAUACAUAUGCACACCCCAUUGCAGGAAAGAGGCCAUGCGGGUUCCCGGGAACUUUCACAAAGACAGGUGGAAUGGUCCUGCUUUGCAAAGUCUGUGGGGACAUCGCAUCUGGUUUCCACUAUGGAGUGCAUGCAUGUGAAGGCUGCAAGGGUUUUUUCCGCCGCAGCAUCCAGCAGAACAUCAACUACAAGAUGUGUGUGAAGAAUGAGAACUGUCUGAUCAUGCGCAUGAACCGCAACCGUUGCCAGCACUGCCGUUUCAAGAAAUGCCUCUCUGUUGGCAUGUCAAGAGAUGCCGUGCGUUUUGGCCGCAUCCCUAAGAGAGAGAAGCAGCGACUUCUGGAUGAGAUGCAGAGCUACAUGAACAGCCUAAAUGAGUCGGCUGCCAUGGACAUGGACUCAUCGUCAGCGAGGGACGCUCCCCCCAGCCCAGAAGAUGGCAACUCAAAAGAGGCAAUUGGGGCCAUCUCCAGAGCCUACCGUGAUAUCUUCACCAGCGGCAACAGCAACAGCCAUGAGAGAGUGGCCAAGAGGGCUAACAUCACCACCAACAACAACAACACAUCUCCCUUUUCUCAGGAUGCCACUUUUCCCCAAGUCUCAUCUCACCCCACCUCUACCCAGAAUUAUCAGUCUUGCCCUGUUGCCCCUGCCACUCUAUGCCCAGCUGCCCCUAAUGACAACCAACCUACAUUCCACAAUGUGGACAACAAUCGCUACACCUACCUAGUGUCAACAAAUCAGAAUCAAGACCAGUGUAAUGCUACAACACCUCAAAGGGGCAGCUCUGCCAAUUAUAACACUUUUCGCAAUGCAGGAAGUGCCACAAAUCAGCCCUCCUGCCCAUGGAAAUUAGCUCCAGGAGCUAAAGUGCUGGCCUGUCCUCUCAAUGCGUGCCCUGUAUCAGGGGCAGAGCGUACAAGUCAGGAGAUAUGGGAAUCCUUCUCUCAGUGUUUCACUCCUGCUGUAAAGGAGGUUGUAGAGUUUGCCAAGGGCAUCCCAGGAUUUCAAGAGCUUAGCCAACAAGACCAGGUCAUGCUGCUCAAAUCAGGCACCUUCCAGGUUCUGAUGGUGAGAUUCUGCACCUUGUUCAAUGCUGAGGAGCGUACAGUGACUUUCCUCAAUGGCCAAACUUACCCCCUGUCUACCCUGCGGGCUUUGGGCAUGGGCUCCCUGCUGGACGCAAUGUUUGAGUUCAGUGAGAAGUUGGGCUCCCUGGGGCUAGAGCCUGAUGAAAUGGCUCUCUUCAUGGCUGUGGUGCUGGUCUCUGCAGACCGUUCUGGUAUCUCGGACGUGUGGGCCGUAGAACAGCUCCAGGAGGGUUUGAUUCGCGCCCUACGGUCACUGAUCACCCGACGCCGUCCAGAUGACACUGCCCUCUUCCCGAAACUCCUCCUGCGCCUGCCAGACCUGCGCACCCUCAACAAUCUGCACUCCGACAAACUAUUGGCCUUUCGCAUUGACCCUUGA